AUAUUUAUAGCCAAGAAUAUUGUAUCACACAAAUGCCAUUGCAUUGCUCAUCAAUGGCUGCCCUAGCCCUGCAAAUUUUAUGUACAGCUUUAUCUGCAAUCACUCACUUCAUCAGCUCAGUUUCAGCACAAUCCAAUGCUUAUAUCAUCCACAUGGACUCAAAAGCCAUGCCAAAAGCCUUCUCUGGCCACCAGAGUUGGUAUUUGGCAACCCUUUUAUCUAUCUCAGACAGUCCUAAAGCAUAUACUUUCGGUACCACAAAGCUCAUCCAUACAUAUACUAAUUCUAUCCACGGUUUUAGUGCAAUUCUCACUCUCUCUGAGCUUGAAGCUCUCAAAAACUCCCCUGGCUUCAUUUCUGUCACUCCUGAUGGCCCCCUCAAACUCCACACCACCCAUACUUCUCAAUUUCUUGGCCUAACCUCCUCUUCUGGUGCCUGGCCUGCUUCGAAUUAUGGUGAAGGUGUCAUAAUUGGUGUACUUGACACUGGAGUUUGGCCUGAGAGUGAGAGCUUCAAAGAGUAUGAAGGAAUCACUGAUGUCCCUUCUAGAUGGAAAGGGAAGUGUGUAUCUGGCACCCAAUUCAAUUCUUCCUUGUGUAACAAGAAACUCAUUGGGGCUCAGUUUUUCAACAAAGGAUUCAUUGCCAACAAUCCUGACUUGAAGAUUGGGAUGAAUUCACCCCGCGAUACGAAUGGACAUGGAACUCAUACUUCCUCCACUGCUGCUGGUCGUGAUGUGAAUGGUGCAUCCUAUUUUGGUUAUGCUACCGGCACAGCAAGAGGCGCGGCGCCAAGAGCUCGAAUAGCUAUAUACAAAGUGGUUUGGUUUGAUAGUGUAUACAAAUCUGAUCUUUUUGCGGCAGUGGACCAGGCAAUUCAAGAUGGGGUGGAUAUAUUGUCAAUCUCCUUGGGUCAUACCUUGGAUGACCACUUUUUGGAUGAUGACCCAAUUGGCUCUGGCUGGGGGACCUUACUCAAUGGAGCACCAUGGGCAGUGAUUGUUGGUGCAGGAACUAUAGACCGUGAAUUUCGGGGAAUUUUAACCCUCGGAAAUGGUAUGCAAAUCACCUUUACAACCUUGUAUCCAGGGAACUCCUCUAGAAGCCAAUUGCCACUUGUUUUCAUGGAUGGCUGUGGAAGUGUGAAGGAAUUGAAAAAACUCAAAAACAAGAUUGUUGUGUGCAAGGACAAUUUGAGCAUAAGCGAUCAAGUUGAUAAUGCUAAGUCUGCAAUAGUUUCAGGAGCUGUCUUCAUCACCAAUAUUUCCCUCUCAGAUUUCUACACUGAAAGCUCAUUUCCAGCAGCAUUUAUUGGUCUGCAAGAUGGCCAAAAUGUCAUAAAAUAUAUCAAGAAGAGCAGCAAGCCCACAGCAAACUUGGAAUUUAAAAAGACAGUCCUUGGAACAAAGCCAGCACCAAAGGUUGAUGAUUAUAGCUCUAGAGGGCCGUCUCCAAGCUGCCCAAGUGUCUUGAAACCGGACAUUCUAGCCCCUGGUUCAUUUGUCCUGGCAUCAUGGUCUCCAAAUAGUUCAGUAUUUGAAGUUCAGUCAGGCUCUUUGUUCAGUAAAUUUAACAUUGAGUCAGGCACUUCAAUGGCAGCUCCUCAUGUGGCAGGUGUGGCUGCUCUCAUCAAAGAAGUACACCGUGAUUGGAGCCCUGCCGCAAUUAGAUCAGCCCUUAUGACCACAGCUAAUCCAUUAGACAAUACACAGAAACCCAUCAUAGAUGUUAGUACUAACCACCCAGCAACCCCCCUGGACAUUGGAGCAGGCCACAUUAAUCCCAACAGAGCACUCGAACCGGGACUAGUCUACGACACAACAGCAGAGGACUACAUAAAGCUUCUCUGUGCAAUGAAUUACACAGCAAAACAGAUACAAGUUAUCACAGGAUCCACUCACAGCUGUGUCAACCGGUCUAUCAAUCUGAAUUAUCCAUCUUUCAUUGCUUACUUUAACAGCAAAGGCUCAAAGUCUAGUGCAAAAGUUGUACAAGAAUUUAAGAGGACAGUAACAAAUGUGGGAGAGCAAAGGUCUGGCUAUACUGCAAAGUUGACAGCAAUGGCGGGUUUGAAGGUGAAGGUGGAGCCAGAGAGGUUGGUGUUCAAGAACAAGUAUGAAAAGCUAAGUUACAAGCUCACUUUGGAAGGUCCAAAAUUGCUGAAAGAAGUUGUGGUCCAAGGCUCCCUUAGUUGGGUUGAUGAUGGUGGAAAAUAUGUAGUGAGGAGUCCCAUAGUGGCCACUAACUUCGUGCCAAAUUCUCUAUUAUAAAGACCCUCAUUGCAUAUGCCUCCAUUUCUAUAGAAACUCACCUGCAAUCUAUUAUUAAAUAUGUGGUUAGUCUUGUAGAAGUGCUGUGAGAAGAAGGGGCAUAAAAUAAUAUGAUCAAAAUAAAGAUAAAAAA